AUGAUCAAACGGACACUACCAGCUCUAUCCAGAGCGUCGACAAUAGGAUGGAUAGGAUUAGGAGCAAUGGGCCAUCCAAUGGCUCUGAACUUAUUCACCAAAACAUACCUUGCUCAUCAAAAUGCUGGAUCGUCAGUUGACGAUCGGAGAUAUGUGAUAUGCGAAUUUGACGAGAAUCGAGUAUCUUCAUUUCUUAGCGAAUUGAAGGAAAAAGGUGGAAGCGAAUUAGUUGGUAAAGUAGAAAGGGUAGAAAAUGGUAAAGAAAUGGCGAAAAUAGCUUCUAGGAUACUUACAAUGCUACCGUCCACACCUCAAGUUGAGAAUGUAUAUCUUGAUUCUACGUCGGGUAUAUUAUCAGGAUUGAAAGAGAUCUCGAAUGAUACGGUUGGUGAUGUGGAAGGAAAUGGGAAUGCGAUUGAGAAUAUCUCAUCUUCAACGACGAUCUCAUCAGGCUCAUCAGAACCAGCGUCAGGAUCAGGAUCAGUAUCAGAGACAACCAAAACAAAACCACCUUUAGAUUCAUUAACGACCAUUUCACCUCUCACUACUUCGUCCCCUCCAGCUUCAUCACCUCAUACGUUGUUGAUAGAUUGUACCACACUCUCACCCACAUCAGCACUUUCUAUAGCUUCACGAAUACAUCAAGACACUUCCGGUAAAGCAAUGAUGAUCGAUGCUCCAGUUUCAGGCGGGACAGUGGCUGCUAGAAAAGGUGAAUUGACCAUUAUGUUCGGAUCUCCUUCUGCCUCAAUUACAGAUUUAGCUUUACCGCUGUUGAGAACCAUGGCCAAAGAAGGUCGUGUUGUUGAUUGCGGUGGGAAUGGGAAAGGCGUCGGAGUAAAAGUGUGUAACAAUCUGAUAUUAGCUAUAAAUCAAAUUGCUCUGGCAGAAGGAUUAUCGCUAGGAAGAAGUUUAGGUAUAGAUCCCGGCUUACUACAUAACGUUAUAAAUACCUCUUCAGGCCAAUCGUGGUCUUCUCGUGUAAAUUCACCAUCACCUGAAAUACCUGGAUCACCCGGAGAAAGAGGUUAUUCAGGCGGAUUUCAGACUCGUUUAAUGUUAAAGGACGCAGGAUUAGCACUUGAAGCCGCAGCGGUAUUGGACUUGCCCAUACCUAUGACUUGGGCAGCAAAGAGUAUUUACGAAGCUGUUUGUAGAGAAGAUGAAGGUGAAUGGGCAUCUAAAGAUUUCAGCAUCGUUUACGAGUGGAUGAAGAAAAAGCAAAGUGAAGGUGUAGAAAGAGGUUGGAAAGCCGAUCCUACUGAAACAUAA